AAAUUCCAUAUUUUAUCAACAUUUUUUGUUAUGUGCAUUCCAAUUUACUUGGAAGUGUGUUUUUGUAUCAAAAUAGAACCUCUUGAAAGUUCUCCAGAUGAUGAUAGUUCUAGUUUUUCAAAUAAAUGCGUUUAUUGUUACGAAGAUAUUUGCAACGACGUGUAUUAUUUAUCUAACUGUAAACAUUACGCAUGUAAACUAUGUUUAGACGAAUGGUUAGAAACCAAUAGAUCAUGUCCGAGAUGCCAAACUCUAAUCAAUGACAAAACUAAGAAUUCUCCAGGAAUGGUUCUCGUCAAAUUGGGCAAUGUUAAAUAUGGUUCAUUACAUUUUAUAACUAGAAAUAGUUCAGGAAAAUAUGAUCAGAAUCUAUUAAACGUUCUCAACGGAUAUAAAUUACAUCACCAAAUAAUAGUUGAUGACCUGAGUGAAUUUAUUAACAGUAAUUGCACAAAUGUUACAGUUGUUGAAGAAUUUGUAAAAUGUCCCGACUAUAAUACUUUAAAAGAAUAUAAUAUAAAAGACUUGCCAAAAAUUUCAGAACAACUAAAGAAACGACUUACUAACUAUGAUAUUAAUAAUACGGCCAUAAUGAUAAAUAAAAAUGAGGUUUUCAAUGCAUUAAACUCAUCACUUAAGUUGGAUCAAUANCUUCAAUUUUGUGAGUCGUUGGUAAAAACUGAUAAAUAUGGGUUGAAAAUUAAAAAGCAGUUCUUUUUUCCGAUGACUAAUGAUGUAUUUUCAGUUUUAUCGGAAAGGUUUGUUCUAUGCGCAACAGAAAUAUUCAUCGAUGUUAAACCAAAAAAUGUUUACAUUAAACUUAAGGAAUUAUCUAACCAGGUGAUAAUGAAAUACCCAUUUGAAAAAAACUAUGGAUCAGCAGCAAAUAUUGCAAGAGUAAAUACGGAUCAAAUGAUAAUUAUAGCUAUGAUUAGGAAUGAAUAUGAAAGAAUCGAAAAAGUACUUAAUGAAUGUAAAGGUUUUUCUACGUUGAUGGAACCUUAUUUGCGAAUAUAUUUGGAUAAUUUGGGAUUAACUCAAUGUACAUAA